AUGGACGACGUUCUGGAAGCGGAGGAUGAAAUGCCACAUGGACCGGAUUCGGAGAGCGAAGGCUCGGCGGAGGUAGAUCCGAUCGAAGAGGCUAGAGGCGUGGAUCCCGAAAGGUUCGGGUACCCUCGACCUAGAUCGGAGAACGCAUUCGAGAACAGCGCGAAACCUAGAAGGCCUGCCUCUUUGUUUGCGAGGGCUUUGCAAACAAGUUCACCUUCGGGCACGCUGCGCGGAAGCAUGCGACCGGCUUCGGCGGCGGGUGGCAAGCGUAGCAAUUCGGUCAGAUCUCACUCUAUGCGCGGACGACCGCCUCGCGAGUCGGGCUCAGCCAAAACAAAUAGAACUUCCAAUUUCACGCUUGGCGACGCUUCCAUUAGCUCUCAGCAGCCGCGUGUGUUUCAUAGCGCUUCUCAAAUCCAACCUCCCGAAGUGUCGGACGAAGAUCCGUACGAGGAUCCAGAGGACAGAGAAGCACGUUUGGCGGCUCAGAUUGCAGACCGGGCACGAUCUCUCAAGACUGUCAGUGCUGCGCCUAGCAGCACUGUCAAAGGAGGCGCCGGUGGCGGUGGCAGAGCGGGAAGCAUCAGGACCCUGAAAGGGGCGACGAGCAGGAGCAACAUCGGCAGUCCGGCUGUUGAGCCGACUCGCGAAGCGGAUUGGUUCGGUUCGACUAGGUCUAGGCUUCGCAUGCCACCCACUUCGCCCUGGGCUGAGGACGAAGUAGGAUCUGACAGCUACGUUGGCGAUGAUCUGAAAGCGGAAGGCCAAGGGCAAGAGGCACAGUCCGAGUUGGAGCUGUUGUCCGAAAGGGAAGACAGCGCACACUUGCCUCGCUCCGCUUCCAACAAUUCGCUUUCGGGUGGAGAAGGCUCUUUGGCAACGCUUGAGCCCGAGCCUAUGGAUCCGCGCUCCAACACUUACAAAUCGCAUGUGUACAGGCAUCGGAUAGGAGGAGUCUACAGACCUGGUUACGGUUCCGAGACGGCUAGCGUCUCUGGAUCUUAUUCUGGCACGAGCGAUUCGAGAAGCCGAUCGAGUGCUUGGAACAGGUCCAGCAACGUGUCACAAAGCGGGUGGGGCGUCGCGCCUUCGCUCAGCACCGCUCCAACAAGCACUCAUCCGACGGGUAACAUGUCCAACGAGCACGUAGGCGAUGUGUCGCACGGAAGCACGAUCAGAGGCGUGUCUUCGCUGAAUGCAGCUGGAGCCGGCGGCCGGAGAAGCCCGGCGGGACCGCCUGGUCAUAGAAUGACCAUCGAUGCGUCUAGGCACUUGGCCGACCUGGUCACCUCCAACCAUACGCUGAGCCCUUAUACGCGCACACUAGACACGCGAGGCUUUACUGUUCGUAGCGCUCCCGUCACUCCGGGAGGCAGCGGAUCCAGCACGCCCGUCACGGGCGCUUCUUCCGCUGCUCAUGCUGGGACGGCACCUCUUUCUAUGCAGCAGGUGCAAUCUCAAAGAUUGGCCAGGAUGGGCUCGUACGACAGUCAGUCGGACUCGCACGAUGCUGCUGCUGCUGCGCAGAGACCCGGGCCUCCUCGGCGAAGAAGAACCUUCAAGCUGGGCGCGUCGACUCAAGAUGCCCCACAUGCAUCGGAUGCAAAGGUAGCGCUGUCAGAUCAGAGGAGGAGCUCUUAUCCUGCCCAAGAUGCUCGCAGCACGGCUAGCGCCCCUCAAACUGCUGCGCAAGCCAGACCGAACUGGCAAAGAUCCGAGUCGGGAAACUCGACGAGACUCGCUUCGCCAGCAAUGCAGAUGCAAGAGGAUGGUAAUAGGCCUGGUCUGGACAGACAUAGGAGCUUUAGACCUCCCAGCGAGGCUGCUAGAGCUGCUGCGAGCAGAUGGACCGCGAUUCGAGAAUAA